UUCCCCUUCGCCUCAGCAGCCAACUCUGCAACCGGCUGCCCCGAGUCCUACUCGGGGCUACAUAAAUCCUGUGAUCCGCACAGCGUUAUAAGAGGAUUUAAAAGAAUCCCUCUCGCGCGCACAAACCCAGAGCGAGGCAGGUUUCCCAAGCGUGAGAGAGAAGAGAGAGGGGAGAAAGAGAAGGAGAGAGAAGCAUCUUUCCGACUUUCUCCCUCAGCCAGCGCACGCACACCACAGCCGUCGCUUCUUCCCGGCAAAAGUCUUCCUCCUCCAUGGGUUUUGGAUGUCUUGCCGUUCCUGCCUCCAUCUCCAACUUCAUCUCUUUGGGCUGAUCAGGCACUUGAAAGGCUUCGUAGGGGGAGAGAGGGGGAGCACAAAAACUGAGGAGGCGAGCAGCAGACCCAGUUUUUUCCGUUUAUAGCACAAAGAAUAGACUAUAUUAAGAGGGGCGACCCGGGGGGAGCGAGAAGAGGGAGGAGGGAGUGAAAGGAGGAGGAGGAGGAGGAGGGAGAAGCAGGGAGAGCUCCCGGGAGCAGGAGCAGCAAGAAGAACAGAACGGAGAAGCGCCAAGAAGAAGAAGAGAAGGAGGAGGAGCAGGAGAAAGAGAAGAAAGCGGGGAACCCCGUCUGCCAGGGGAGUUGAGCCGGCUCCUUGCUCUUUGGAUGCCGUCGGCUCUCCUCAGAGACAGCCCGCCACUUUUGCGCGUUGGGCCGUCGGGGGAGCGGAGGGAUCCCUGCGAAGAGCCCCCGCCGGCAGAAGUCGGCUUGCAGACCUCACUCGCCUUUGGAUUAAAUUGGCCGCCCGAAAGACACGCCACAGCGGCGUGGGGAGAAAGCGCCAGAAGAAGUAGCCGUGGCAGCAGCAGCAAUAGUUACAGUAGUAACAUCAAGACGAGGAAGAGGAGGAGGAGGAAGAAGAAGGAGCAAGGCGAAAGCGGAGCGCCCACGGUCGUAACGGGCGGGAAGGCGGGCUUGGGCGGCGGCGGCGCUGCUGCUCGGGGGGACUGAAGGGGAGCCAGGAUGAGCAGGCUUUGAAAGUUCUUCAUCUGGAAUUUCAGGUUGGAGAUACUCGCAGUGGCUUCUAAGCCAGUGACCAAAGCUGUUGAAGCAUGCUGGUGCCAAGCUGUCAGAUGAUGCACAUAGCCAGGCCAAUAGUAGUGCUCCUAUGCUUCCUACUUUGUGCAGAUGCUGAAACACCACCAAAGUUUGCAAGAACACCUGUUGACCAGACAGGGGUCUCUGGAGGAGUUGCUUCAUUCAUCUGUCAAGCUUCAGGAGACCCAAGGCCUAAAAUUGUCUGGAACAAGAAGGGCAAAAAAGUCAGCAAUCAGAGAUUUGAGGUAAUAGAGUUUGAUGAUGGGUCUGGAUCAGUCCUCAGAAUACAACCACUGCGAACUCCACGAGAUGAAGCUAUUUAUGAAUGUGUUGCAUCCAACAGUGUUGGAGAAAUAAGUGUGUCCACAAGACUUACUGUCUUGCGUGAGGAUCAAAUUCCACGUGGUUUUCCCACCAUUGAUAUGGGACCACAGUUAAAGGUGGUUGAACGCACUCGAACAGCCACUAUGUUAUGUGCAGCCAGCGGCAAUCCUGAUCCAGAAAUAACAUGGUUCAAAGAUUUUUUACCUGUAGAUACAAGCAACAACAAUGGGCGCAUUAAGCAAUUACGAUCAGGUGCCCUCCAAAUCGAAUUGAGUGAAGAAUCUGACCAAGGCAAAUAUGAGUGUGUUGCAACCAACAGUGCGGGUACUCGCUAUUCUGCCCCUGCCAAUCUUUAUGUCAGAGUUCGCCGGGUGCCACCAAGAUUCUCAAUCCCACCCACCAACCAUGAAAUUAUGCCUGGAGGAAGUGUUAACAUCACCUGUGUUGCUGUGGGGUCACCAAUGCCAUAUGUAAAAUGGAUGCUGGGAGCGGAAGAUCUGACACCAGAAGAUGAUAUGCCAAUUGGAAGGAAUGUCCUAGAGCUCAAUGAUGUUAGGCAGUCUGCUAAUUAUACCUGUGUGGCCAUGUCCACUCUUGGUGUUAUAGAAGCAAUAGCACAGAUAACUGUAAAAGCAUUGCCCAAACCUCCAGGAACUCCUAUUGUGACCGAAAGCACAGCAACAAGCAUUACUUUGACCUGGGAUUCUGGAAAUCCUGAGCCAGUGUCUUACUACAUAAUCCAGCAUAAACCUAAGAAUACUGAGGAACUAUAUAAAGAAAUUGAUGGAGUAGCCACAACAAGAUAUAGUGUGGCUGGCUUAAGCCCAUAUUCCGAAUAUGAGUUCAGAGUGGUUGCUGUGAAUAACAUUGGAAGGGGUCCACCCAGUGAACCUGUGACAACACGAACCUCAGAGCAAGCACCAUCUAGUGCACCACGUAAUGUACAAGCUCGUAUGUUGAGCUCAACCACCAUUUUAGUGCAAUGGGAAGAACCUGAGGAACCAAAUGGUCAAAUACAAGGCUACAGAGUGUAUUACACUAUGGAUCCUUCCCAACAUGUCAACAGCUGGUUAAAACAUAAUGUGGCUGAUAGCCAUAUCACCACCAUUGGGAAUCUUGUACCACAGAAAACUUAUUCAGUAAAAGUACUUGCCUUUACCUCAGUUGGAGAUGGGCCACUUUCUAGUGAUAUACAAGUCAUCACUCAAACAGGAGUCCCAGGACAACCACUAAACUUCAAAGCUGAACCUGAAUCUGAAACAAGCAUAUUACUUUCUUGGACACCUCCACGAUCUGAUACUAUCUCCAAUUAUGAUCUUGUUUACAAGGAUGGAGAACAUGGUGAAGAGCAGAGAAUUUCUAUUGAUCCAGCUACAUCUUAUCACUUGCAAGGCCUAAAACCAAAUAGCUUAUACUACUUUCGUUUGGCUGCACGUUCUCCACAAGGUCUUGGUGCGUCAACAGCAGAAAUUUCAGCUAGAACAAUGCAGUCAAAGCCAUCAGCUCCUCCUCAAGACAUUAGUUGCAACAGCCCCAGCUCCACUAGUAUUUUGGUAAGUUGGCAACCUCCUCCAGUGGAAAAACAGAAUGGAAUUAUCACUUCCUAUUCCAUCAAGUACACUGGAACUGAUGGAGAAGAUGACAAGCCCCAUGAAAUUUUGGGAAUUACUCCAGAUACUACACAGUACCUUUUGGAACAGUUGGAAAAAUGGACUGAAUAUCGCAUUACUGUGGCAGCCCACACUGAUGUCGGACCUGGCCCAGAGAGUGAAUCUGUAUUUAUUCGGACAGAUGAAGAUGUUCCUAGUGGUCCACCUCGCAAAGUCGAGGUUGAGGCUGUCAACUCUACAUCUGUUAAAGUGUCAUGGCGUUCUCCAGUGCCCAAUAAGCAGCAUGGCCAAAUCCGAGGUUACCAGGUGCAUUAUGUGAAGAUGGAAAAUGGAGAGCCUAGGGGCCAACCUAUGCUGAAGGAUAUCAUGUUGGCUGAUGCACAGUGGGAAUAUGAUGAUACUACUGAACAUGAGAUGGUCAUAGCUGGAUUACAGCCAGAGACAACCUAUUCCCUUACUGUGACAGCCUAUACUACCAAAGGAGAUGGUGCACGAAGCAAACCUAGAUUAGUAUCUACUACUGGUGCAGUUCCAGGAAAACCUCGGCUUGUAAUUAGCCACACACAAAUGGGUACAGCUCUAAUUCAGUGGCACCCACCUGUCGAUACAUAUGGCCCCCUGCAAGGGUUCCGCCUGAGGUUUGGCCGCAAAGACAUGGAUGCAUUUACGACGCGGGAUUUUACUGAUAAAGAUGACCACUACACGGCUACUGAUAUUCAUAAAGGGACUUCUUACAUCUUCAGGCUUUCAGCUAGAAAUAAAGUGGGCUUUGGGGAAGAAAUGGUAAAAGAAAUUUUGAUUCCAGAAGAUCUACCAAGUGGAUUUCCUCAAAAUCUACAUUCAGAAAGUGCCACCUCGACCUCUGUCCAGCUAACUUGGCAACCACCCAUUUUAUCCGAGAGAAAUGGUAUAAUCACCAAAUACACUCUACAGUACAGAGAUAUCAAUGUGGCCCAUCAACAAACAGAGAUCCCUGUUGCUCCUGUUGAUACUAUUAUGACACUUUCAGGCUUAAAAGCAGAUACCACAUACGAUGUAAAAAUACGUGCACAUACAAGCAAAGGGCCCGGUCCAUAUAGUCCCAGUAUCCAGUUUAGGACAUUACCUGUGGAUCAAGCAGUGUUUGCAAAAAAUUUUCAUGUCAAAGCAGUAAUGAAAACAUCAGUCCUUCUUUCUUGGGAUAUACCAGAGAAUUACAAUUCUGCCCUGCCUUUCAAAAUUCUUUAUGAUGAUGGGAAAAUGGCAGUUGAAGUGGAUGGCAGAGCCACCCAGAAACUGAUCACCAAUCUGAAGCCUGAGACAUCCUAUUCUUUUGUGCUAACCAAUAGAGGGAACAGUGCUGGAGGUCUGCAACACAGGGUAACGGCAAAAACUGCUCCAGAUGUGCUACGCACCCAACCACUUUUCAUUGAUAAGACCAAUCUAGAUGGAAUGAUAACAGUGAAACUACCAGAAGUACCAGCAAACAAAACUAUAAAAGGUUACUAUAUAGUAAUUGUACCUUUGAUAAAGAAAUCAGAUGGAAAAUUCAUGAAACCACGCGAGAGCCCAGAUGAAAUGGAAUUAGAUGAGCUACUGAAAGAGAUAGCACGAAAACGCAGAAGCAUUCGUUUGGGGAGAGAAGCAGACUUAAAGCCAUAUAUUGCAGCACACUUUGAAGUUCUUCCUACUGAGUUCACCCUGGGGGAUAAGAAGCAGUAUGGUGGUUUUGAGAACAAGCAGCUCCAAAACGGCCAAGAAUAUGUUGUCUUUAUUUUAGCUGUGAUGGAACACUCAGAAUCAACCAUGUAUGCAACCAGCCCAUAUUCUGAAACAGUUGUAUCAGUGGAUCUUAAUCCCCAGCCAAUUACAGAAGAGGAAGAGGGUUUGAUCUGGGUUGUAGGACCAGUCCUUGCAGUUGUAUUUAUCAUCUGUAUUGUUAUAGCUAUUCUACUUUAUAAAAGGAAAAGGGCCGACACAGACUCUAGAAAGAACAGUAUUCCCAACAGUAAAGAAAUUCCUUCACAUCAUCCUACAGAUCCAGUAGAGCUAAGACGCCUAAAUUUUCAAACUCCAGGUAUGGCUAGCCACCCACCAAUACCUAUUUUGGAACUUGCAGAUCACAUUGAAAGACUGAAGGCAAAUGACAACCUGAAAUUUUCCCAAGAAUAUGAGUCAAUCGACCCAGGUCAGCAAUUUACAUGGGAACACUCUAACUUGGAAGUGAAUAAACCAAAGAACAGAUAUGCAAACGUCAUUGCUUAUGAUCAUUCUCGAGUUCUUCUAUCAGCAAUAGAAGGCAUACCUGGCAGUGAUUAUAUAAAUGCUAACUAUAUAGAUGGUUACAGAAAGCAGAACGCUUACAUCGCAACCCAAGGAGCUCUUCCCGAAACCUUUGGAGAUUUCUGGAGAAUGAUGUGGGAGCAAAGGAGUGCCACUGUUGUCAUGAUGACCAAAUUAGAGGAAAGAUCUAGGGUUAAAUGUGAUCAGUAUUGGCCAAGCAGAGGAACAGAAACAUAUGGAUUGAUUCAAGUCACAUUGCUGGACACCGUAGAAUUGGCAACAUACUGUGUUAGAACAUUUGCCCUUUAUAAGAAUGGAUCGAGUGAGAAGAGAGAAGUUAGACAAUUCCAGUUCACUGCAUGGCCAGAUCAUGGCGUUCCAGAACAUCCAACACCAUUCCUAGCUUUCUUACGACGAGUUAAAACUUGUAAUCCUCCUGAUGCUGGACCAAUGGUUGUACACUGCAGUGCUGGAGUUGGCAGGACCGGCUGUUUCAUUGUAAUAGAUGCCAUGCUAGAGAGAAUAAAACAUGAAAAGACUGUAGAUAUUUAUGGCCAUGUAACUCUAAUGAGAGCCCAGAGAAAUUACAUGGUUCAAACAGAGGACCAAUACAUCUUUAUCCAUGAUGCACUGCUUGAAGCAGUGACUUGUGGAAAUACCGAAGUGCCAGCCAGAAACCUGUAUGCAUAUAUUCAGAAGCUGACACAGAUAGAAGCAGGAGAGAAUGUCACAGGAAUGGAAUUGGAAUUUAAGAGGCUAGCCAGCUCUAAAGCUCAUACUUCAAGAUUUAUCAGUGCCAAUCUUCCAUGUAAUAAAUUUAAAAAUCGCCUUGUUAAUAUUAUGCCAUAUGAAUCCACAAGGAUAUGUUUGCAACCUAUCAGAGGAGUAGAAGGCUCCGAUUAUAUCAAUGCCAGUUUUAUCGAUGGAUACAGGCAGCAAAAAGCCUAUGUAGCUACACAGGGACCUUUGGCAGAAACAACAGAAGAUUUCUGGAGAAUGCUUUGGGAGCACAAUUCAACCAUUGUAGUCAUGCUUACUAAGCUACGAGAAAUGGGCAGAGAAAAAUGCCACCAGUAUUGGCCAGCAGAGCGCUCAGCCAGAUAUCAAUAUUUUGUGGUCGAUCCUAUGGCAGAGUAUAAUAUGCCACAAUACAUCCUAAGAGAAUUCAAGGUCACAGACGCCCGGGAUGGCCAGUCCCGAACAGUGAGGCAAUUCCAGUUCACCGACUGGCCUGAACAAGGAGUGCCAAAAUCGGGAGAAGGGUUUAUAGACUUCAUUGGCCAAGUUCAUAAAACAAAAGAGCAGUUUGGACAAGACGGGCCAAUUUCGGUUCACUGUAGUGCGGGUGUUGGAAGAACUGGAGUGUUCAUAACCCUAAGCAUUGUGUUGGAACGAAUGAGAUAUGAAGGUGUUGUAGAUAUUUUCCAGACUGUCAAAAUGUUAAGGACGCAGCGGCCAGCCAUGGUACAAACAGAGGAUCAGUAUCAGUUCUGCUAUCGAGCUGCACUAGAAUAUCUGGGCAGCUUUGAUCACUAUGCAACGUAAAAACAAAUGGAAAAACGCUGACCCAUUCUGGAUUGUUAACUACAGGCCCUUUAAGAUCCAGAGAGCCUCUUCUGAGCCAUACAGUGUGCUUGAGAAGUACUUAACUUUAAAUUAAAGACCAAUUAGUGGGAAAUAUUAACAGGAAAAAAAAAACUGCCGGGUGAACCAACAAUUCAGUCAUCAGUAAACUUAACCAGAAACAUAAUUAAAGAAACUUGACUGGGUUGAGGCACCGGAAGGAUUUCAGUUUACAGAGAUCCCAAGAUUCCGUUUUGAUUGAAAUUGAAUGAAAAGGAAGAGGACAUUCCUUCCGAGGAUGAUCAUCUCAUUCAGGACCGCAUGAUAAUGAACGAUGCCAACGUUAGGUUUCUGCAAUUCAGCGCCAGAUGUUCAUCAGGAGGCCCGUCCCGGCUCCUCCAGAACAAAAUCACCUCUUGGUUCCAACAUCCCCCCCCCUUCCCGCCAUAUUGCUCAUCAGUAACCUUUGGUGUUGGGAGGGCAAAGGGCAAAUGUUUGAAAAGAAAGUCCUUGAUUUAGUUUUCUAGUAUUGUAAAGAUACUGCUGACCUGUGCUUCAUUUUUAACUGUGCAAACUUUUUUUUCCUUUUUUUAAAAACAACAACAAAGGUUUAUCAUUCGAUGAAGUAAAUUCAAACAAAAAUUGCAUACCCGUUCAAUUUUUUUGUUUGUUUCUGAAUUGUAGUUUUUUUUAUGCUGUAGAACUGUUAUCUGUAAUAUCUCGCUGUAGAAAUGUUAAAUAAUUUUGACAAUUUGCACAUUUUUGUGCAGCCCUAUAUUUAUCUCCAGGACCACAUUCUCAUUUAGAUCUUGCUUUUACAUUUGAUUUUUUUUCCCAAUGAAAUAUAAAUCAGUUAAUCUACAUAUGGGAGAUUUUGUUUUUAUUUCUUUUGGAAUCAACAGGGAAGCGCAAGUAUAAAGCUGCUACUAACACUCACAAGUUUCUCUUUCUAUUAUAAAUAUAUGUAUAUCUCUCUCAUUCUCUCUCUAUCCAUCUACAACAAUAAUACGUAGAUAGACAGAAAGAAAUGCACAUAAAUAUAAAUAUAUAAAUAUAAAUAUACAUGUAUCAGUUCUUCCAUGACUUGGAUUUGUUGAAGUAGUAGGGGGAAAAUCCAAAUUGAUACAUUCAGACCAUACAAUAUUUCUACACAUCUCUGCAUUUCGAGGUUUGCUUUUGAGGGAUUUGUGUUUCUUUUAUCUUUUUGUUUUGCUUUCUUUUCAAUUUCCUAGGGGAAAUGAGGAAUGCACAUCAGUGAUACUUGAAAUUCAACCUUACCCAAAUCUAACGGGUAGAAAUCAUGUGCACACACAUCAUUCAUCACCCAUGCACAUUAAGGUUUGAUCCGCAGUUACUAGAAGAAAAGGCCCAUUAACUCAGUGGGACUUACUUCUAAAUAAACCUGCUUAGGGAUUGCAUUGCAUAUCAUGUUAUAGCUCUCAGUGAGAUUUCAUAUUUGGAAAAUUUUAGUGCAACAGCAUCCAUAAUAAGUAUAGGAAGUAGGCAUACGAAGGAGGUCAGUGCAUAUCCGUAACGGAAGGAAAAUGCUAUAAUAGUUGUCAAGGGUUUUUAAAAUGUAUCCACUUAUAAAAUUGUCCACAGCAUAGAAUAAGAUAUUUGGAAUGAGACGUAUAAUGGGGCAAAGCCAAACACACGUUGCCAGAAUAUUUUCUGGCAUACAGCACCAGUUAGAAAUGCUGUUUUCCAGUUUUAAUUUUUGCAUUUAGAGUGCCUUAUAUUUGAUGCCUAUUUUGAUAGCAUUGCUUCAUUUUUAUUUUUAUUUUUUGUCUAUGUUUGCUCCAACAGAAACUCUGUGAUUUUUCAUCAACCUUUUUUUUCCUCCAGUUAACACAGUCUCUUUUCAGGAUGUGAAGUUUUUCUUAACAAUAUUCAUUCCAAAUUUUCCCCAUUGAUAUUUUUAAAAUCCAUAACAGAGGGUAGUCAGGCACCCUGUAGGCACAGGCAAACUAUUUCAAAAAUGUCGCCAGCUGGCAUUCAUAACUAUAAUUUUAUUUUGUUUUGUUUUAUAGACAUGCUGCUAUUCUAAAAAUAUAAUAAAAUAUGCUCCUAAUACUUUAGGAAUGGCAAUUUGACUGGGUUUGGAUCCCUACUCAUGUACGUGAAUUUUACUGGAGGCCAUAACAGGUUCUUUUAACUCAAGCUGGGAGGGAUCCUGAGGUCAACUGGAUUGGACAAAGGACUUAUGGUGGUAUUGUCUAAUGACAACUGAAGAAAUGGAUUGUGCCACUUGAACAGAAGCCAUUGUUUCUUAUAUUGGGCUAGGUCUACCUGGUGCCAUGUUUGAUCAAAAUAUAGAUCACAAAGAAAUGUUUAUAGAUGUGUUUCCAUAAAGAAAAGCAACCAAGAGUAUACCUACAUCAACAUUUAUUUUUCCAUGUUUUCCACCAUUACCAGAAAUAAAUAUAUUAAAAGACCAAACACUAGAAAGCAUUCUAUUUGAGCACUUUUAUAUAUAUAUAUAUUUUAAGAAAAUCAAUUAAAAAGCGCAAAAAACAAAAAAAAAUCCACAUACAUAUGUAUAAUAGUUUUUAAAUAAGCAUUAUAGAAGGCUACCUCAGAGUGAGAUUCUUUAAUUCUACAUCAGAAUCCAACAUGAAUGUGUGCACUGCAUGUUUCCUUUUGAUUUGUUUCUGUCAAAAAUAAAAAAGGGCCAGGCUACAUACUGAAUUCACACAUUGAAUCAAAAUGAUGGCUCGACAGAUUGACGUGCCAUCCAGCGAUACUGGAGAGGCACGGUUGCAUAAACGCUUUGGGUGAAUUGGCUUAAAUUCAAGCACAAACCUGCAAGGGCCAAAGCAAUAGAAUAUUCCCCCAAAGAGCAGGACCGCGUGAUGUGGAUCGGUUGGGUCUUGUAGAAACUGGGACGCUAAGGUGUUAGUAAUCGUGGGUAUAGCUGUCAGCAAGGUAUGGCAGAAGGAUGUGGCAGCUUAGGAAGCGAUCAAUCGUAUGUGAGCAAGAGCAAGACCUCCUGGUCCAAGUCAGGGCACAAUUGGCGCACAAGAUGGAUCUGUGUAAAGUUGCACCAUCAUCCCUGUAGAGGCCGUGUAUCUAGGACAGGGGUGUCAAACUCACGGCCCGCGAGGCAGAUGCAUCACGCACUGACUACGCCCACCCCCGGUUUAGGGAAGGGGGGAAAAAGUUGCAAUAUGUCAGGUGACGAAAAUGUGAUGCCACAAGUUUGACACCCCUUGUCUAGGAGGACUCCAAUUGUGCCCCAGCUCUAUCUGUGGACAUCUUGUCCAGACAUGCCUUUUAAGGUGGCUGACUACAGAUCAGGGCCAGCCUUUGUCCAACAAUCAUUUGUUUUGUAAAAGAAGUUCAUAAGCUAAAUCAGUAGGAAGAGCACGCAUGACACCAAAAAGCCACCAAAUAAAUAGCCAGUCCUCUCCAAGCGACUAUUCAGGAGUUGCUUCUAAAGAGAUUUCUAUCCAAAUCAUUGAUGUGCAUUCCAUUUGGGUUUCUUUGCGGUGUGGUGAUUUUUCUUCUUCUCUCAUUUCCUUUUCCUUUUCUUUUUUUUUCAACGAGUCGGUCUCGUGAAUCGUCAUUCACCAUAGUCGGCAUUUUGUUUCCUCAGCAUAAUCAGUACGGUGCUAUUAUUUACCUAUGUAUGUGUAGUUAUGUAUAAUUUUGUAAUUAGUUAAUGACGGAGAAAUACACAAACUAUAUAAGAAUUAUUUGUACAGAACUUUUAUUUUAGCUCUCUUUUUUAAAAAAAAAAUGGUUUGCAUGGUUAGCCGUUGGUGAGGAUGGAUGGGCAAAGGAGGGUGAUCUGCACUUUCUAUAUCUUUGUACUAUGCACUGCCCUAUUGAUUCUACACCCAAUAGUAUUAUUACUUGAACCCAUCUGUAAGAAAACCAAUUAUGAAACUCCACUUGUGUGUAUGUAAAUAACACAAAAACAUGAUAAAAGAGGGGGAAAGUUUGCAGGGACAACAAUGAAACACAGAUUUUCCCUCUUUUUUAUUCCCCCCUCCUUCUGGUUUUAAUCUUUUAAUUUUUAAGAGCCCUGAUACUCCAAAAGACUAUCAUCAGAGGGCUGAGGGUCCCGUCAUCCAUCUUGUUAUGUGGCGUUGCCAUUCAGGCUUGGAGUGUCUUUACAAAAAUAAUACAAGUUGUGUUCUCUGCUCUCGUUUUGGAUGCCUAGACUGAAAAAUUAAAACAAAAAAAAAACCUUGUAAAAUGGCUUGUUAAAAAAAAAUACAAUUACCUCUAAUCAGUAGUACGCGUAAAUGUUUUACAGAAUGAAAGGCGUGCUUUUUAUUUUCUUACUUCGUUACCUUAGUGGCGAAAGAAAGUCUGUAUGGAAAUCAGUUCUUUGCUGACACAAGCUCCAUUUGUUACAAAUGAAUUCUAAUAAAAAUGUCAGUGUUACGCAACUCCGGUUGUCUUUUCUCACACUUCUGCUUGUCAGAGUCCCUCGUUUUUUAUUUCACCAGAUACCACCGGACAGGGCUUGUCAAUUUGUUGAAAUUGCUAAAAAAAUGAGGUGUUCGUUAUUUAUAUUUGUGUUUUUGCAUUUCUGACCAAUGGCCAAAAUAAAUACUCUGUUUAAAAAAUGACUAGGGACAGCCUGAGUUCACUAGCAAAGCAACCGCCAUUUGAAAGGACAGCAAUAUCUUGAAGCAAUUUUCUGGGCUGUGGAAGCACUAAUGCUUUCAUGACAUUAUCGUCCAUGUAUGGUCCCAAAUUUGUUCAUCAGUUUCUUAUUCUUGCAGGCAUAGCCUCUGGUAAUAGGGAAUAUCUUUGAUCUAAAUUAGAUAAUAUAUCAUUUCGCCAAAGCUUUGAUUUACUUCCUCCUAUAAGAAGGGGGAAAGCUUUCUUGACAGAGUUUUUAUGUAGCAGCAUAAAAUGCGAUGACUACAGUCCUGUGAAAUACGGAUUUUAUGUUCAUCUGCUACAGUGUUUGAAGCUGAUUGCUUCAAAGGGGGACAGCCUUUAAACUGGCAAACACUAGUCCGAUAUUAGAACAGAUGUACGGUUUUCUGUCACCCAGAAUCUAUAGGGAUUAGACCAGCAUAUUAAUAUUGUUAAAUAAAUAAAUUCCACACGUGUGUAUGAUCUGCAUGUACAAUCAUAAAUAAAUGUUUAAGUUGCCUAUCUACACACAACUGUAGAGGGGCUUUGCAAGGAAUGGUUCAAGCUAUAGGCUCUCAAUGCAAUAAUGUUAGAGAGGUUCUUUAUCACUUACUUGGUCAAUAGGAUGGGACAUGCACCUAAUCAGAAAUAAUGAAAUGUGAGCAGCUGCAUCAGAAAUGCAGAAACCAAUUUUUCUUAGCACAAAUGCCUCAGGCUGUCAAGAUAUCUGUAUUUUAGGAAACCAACCACCUCUGAAGAACGGCUGGAGAAUCUUUGUCCAGAGCCUUUGUUCAGGUACUCCAUGGAGUGUACACAGUGCUUGUUGUGUGUAUUCAGUCCUUGAGUGUUGAAGCCUAAUCAAAGCAGGUGCUGAAAAUGCAAACAGCCUGCCUUGGUUCUGUCUUAAGUGAUCUAACAGUAUGAUGUUUACUUCGCAGCUGAACAAAAUAUUGAUUUGGGAACCUCAAACUCAGCAUAGCAGUUGUAUUUUUAUUGUGCUUGUUAUUCUCUGGAACCGCUCACAACGAAGGAUAUUUCUGCCACUAUCACAGAUUGGUUAUCCUCAUUCUGAAGCCCCUUUAGUUUUUACAACAGUGGGGGUGGGGGGGAAACCAAUUAAAAUGAUUUAUUUGGUGCUCUUUCCAGUGGCAAACUUAUAUAUGUGGGGUGCGUGUUUGUAUGUUAAGUAAUUAUAUUGCCAAAGCAGAAUAUUUUUGGCAUUCUGAAAUAAUG